AUGGGUUUAAGUUCAGAAAGUCAUAAUUUAUUGGCUGCUAUCUUAAAAGAACAAAAAGGUGAAACUAUUCCUUAUCAAGUUGUUAAUAAUCUAAAUGACAAUAAACCAGUUGAUAAGGUUGUUAGUCAGUUUGAAGAUAUUUUGUUUAGUGAAUCUGAUCCUGAAUUUGAUCAAAAAAUUGAAGAUAAAACAAUUGCCUUAGGAGAGCUUUUGAAAAAAGAAGAAGAAAUAACUAAAGAAAUUGAGAGAUUAAGGAAAAAAUAUAGUGCUGAAAUUGUUAAAAAACAGACUGAUUUAAGAAAUAGAAUUGUUAAUGAUCUGGUACCUAAGUUGAAAGAUAAUCUUCGAGAUACUGGAAGUGAUUGA